AUGCAAGAGUAUAAACUUGUUGUUCUGGGAAGUGGAGGUGUCGGAAAAAGUGCAUUGACUGUGCAGUUUGUACAGGGAAUAUUUGUGGAAAAGUAUGAUCCAACCAUUGAGGAUAGCUAUAGAAAACAAAUCGAAAUUGAUAACAGACAGUGUAUGUUGGAAAUUCUAGACACAGCUGGCACGGAACAAUUCACUGCUAUGCGUGAUCUAUACAUUAAAAAUGGUCAAGGCUUUGUUUUAUGUUAUUCAGUUACAUCACAAUCCAGUUUUAAUGAUCUACAAGGUUUGCAUGAACAAAUUCAACGUGUCAAAGAUGUUUCCAAUGUCCCACUUAUAAUUGUAGGAAAUAAAUGUGAUUUAGCAGAUGAACGAGUAGUUUGUCGUGAACAGGGUCAUGCGCUUAGUCGACAAUUAAAUUGUUCAUUUAUGGAAACAAGUGCCAAAGCUAAAAUUAAUGUGAAUGAAAUUUUCUUUGAUCUUGUCCGACAAAUCAACAAGCAAAUGCCACAAGUGAAACAGAAAACAUCGAAACGAAAAUGUCUAAUUCUCUAA